UCUGGCACUUGAACGCAGCAUCUGCCAGGCGGAAAGCGGACAGACAAACAACGUCCCAAUACUUGAAGAGCAACCUGUGUACCAACAGAAUUGUGGAUAACAACAGAUGUAGCCAAGUUAUAUGAACGGAUUUGUUUAACUUGUCUUUACAAACUAAGACAAAAAAAAAAAUAUUCGCGUAUCCUUUGUUCAGAUUUCGAAAUGGAUAUAAGAAGCGAGAAUUAAAAAGAAGUGGAACGGGGCCUCAAAACUAAACUGCCAGCAGAAAGUGAUCGAUGUGACAGAAAGCCAUCAAGACUAUCACCAUUCAAACAGUAUUUCCGGUCUCCCAUUGUGAUGUUGUGAUGGAGGAACCACCGAGCAUCGUAAAUGUUUGCCUGACGGAGCAUAACUGGAGACACACAGUUUGAAACUACAAACAUGCCUCGACCUGCUUGGAGCAGACUGUCUCCGUGGAUAGAGAGUCUGCUCCUGAGCUAUGACAGUCGGGAGGGGAGCAGCAGCAGCAGCAGCGGGCGGCUGAAGGCUCAUGUCAUCGGAGUGGGUCAGAUGUCUCAGUCCCAGGCUCAGGGCUCUGAGGGCCCCACAGGGCUGCUCUUCCUGUCCGACGGGGUGCUUCAGAUCCCUGCCAUUCUCACCGCAUCAGCCUGGGAGCAUCUUCAGGAGCAGGAGGACCGCGAGUGUUUCACCAGCCUGGUCAACACCACGGUGUGCAUUCAGGACUACCAGCUGCAGUUUCACAUGGCCCUCGAACAGACCAAAUGCAGAUUCUUCUUAUCAGUUGGAGAGCUGGCUACAACUGCAGCCGGUCCAAUUAAAGACAGCACCCCUUGCUGCACGACACUGCCCUCCGUCAGGCUGAAGAUCUGUAAGACAUGGAGGGCCCUGCUGGGUCAGGAGGUGCAGGACUCUCAGAAGGGCCAGUGUGGGUUUGAUCUGUCGGAGCUGCUGGGGGAGUGGCAGCACGACUGCCUGCAGGCUGUGCUGGAGGAUGUUAGGGAGAGGCUGAUGAUGGCAAGCAGCCGCCCCGUGAGCCCGCAGCCCUCCACUUCAACUUGCACCUCAUCGCUGAGCCACCCAGACACAUUCACUGCCACGAGCUGGGAUGUCGACAGGGUUAGAUAUAAGGGAGUGAAAUGUUUCAGGGUCCCCUCAAAGUGUCUUGUCAUCCCAGAGGAAGAUGCUCAGCAGCUGCAAACACUACCAGAUGUUGGAAACAGGACACCAAGUGGGCUUUCUGCUGCCUCUGAGGACAGAAAGAGAGGUUUGCCACAAGUCUGCAAACAUUCAGAGACAACGCAGCCUUCUGUUGAUGAUGCAGACUGGCGAAUAGCCAAGCCAGCAGUUGUAAAGAUAGAUCACGAUGCCAGUGAGAACUCGCCUCUUCCUGUGGAGGACAGCAUGCUACAUGAGGACCUAAUCGAAGGGAUGGUUGACAGCGACAUCAGGCCUUUAUCCAACCCUUGGGACAUUUUUCCUCCAUGCGACACCUCAUCAUCCUCUGAUGCAUCCCCAGAAGCAACACCAACCCACUCCUUGCACAAUCCCACUGCUGCUGAAUCUAAGCCUGAUCAUGCUGUGAUCUUAACCGGCACGCAACUUCCUGUCCACAGUUCGAAGGAAUCCUGGCAAACAUCAGAGCACAGCGAAGGGCAGCACAGCGACCUGCCACCGUACCAGAAACUGCCACACUCAACUAGCCUCUCCACCUCUACCAGUUCUUCAACUUCCGUGAGUCCACCAGAACCCUUCACCGCACCGUCAAACCUGUUGCCUGCCACAGACGAACACCGCGCCGACACAGCACAACAAAAUCUUCAGGGUUUGGACCAAGAAAGCCAGAUUUUGGAGAAGGACAUGGAGGAGACUGUUGAGAGAAAAUAUCAAAAGAGAAAGAGAAGUGAGCCCACAACAGAAGGACUAACCACCUUAGAGGAGGAGGAAGAUGAGGAAGCUCAGAUCAGUGGGAGCCCUCCAUCUUGGCUCUUUGAGACUCAGGCAGGCUCCGGGGCCGAAGAAGGCAGCAGUCGCAAACAGGUGCAGACUGUCUCGAGAAAGACUUCCACUGUUCACAGCGAUGGCAGGCUGUUCUCUUACUCUUACCAAGUGUCUGGACAGAAUCUGCAGGAUUUCAGUCGAUUCAAAGUUGCUGAAUCCUUGCUGCACUGGGCGGUGAAGUAUCUCGUUGCUCCAAAGCAGACAGAUAAUCCACGCAACGCAUCAGAAACCUCCAAUCAAACAUCGUCUGACAGGACCGAGGUCACUUCCCUUUAGGUUCAAAAUGUUGAAAGAUCAUCGUUGUGGUGUUGUUUCAGUUUUGACUCAUGUUAAUGUUCCAGAGCAGCUUUGUACAGUUGAGUCUAUUUUGUACGGUAUGUCUUGAGCACUGAUUAAAAAGUCUUUGAGAAAAAAAAAAA